GAAUAUUAAGUCACACACCAAACCAAUGUUAGGUAUGUACCAUACACGUAAUUAUAGUUAAAACUUAAAAGCAUUUAUGUAUUUUAUAGGUUUUUCACAAAACGUUGGAAUACUACUUGAUGGUAAUUUAUAAAAUGCAGUUAGGUAUUCAUAGGUUUAUAUAGCUUAUUGGGCACUUUUAAAAUUUAAAAUUUAGUUACCUAUGUUGUUUUAGUUAAAGUGUAAAACUUCAAAUAAUAAUAUCUAACAGUAAGAAAUAUACUUUUAUAUUUCCCGAUAAAAUGGCGGACAGUUGUUAAUAAAAAAAAAAUCACUCCGUAUAAUAUUAUAUACCUAUACAAUAUUAUAAAUCGUUUCCCCACCGCGGUUCGGAUCUUCUUCGCCGACUGGCCGAGUCCAAGGCCAAGGACGAUAUAAUCCGGUGUUCAGAUUAAUACCGACGUGUGCUAGGUAGAUUCACUACACGUCAUAAAGAUACGUCAUUCUAUAGUGCGGCGUGCGUGAAGCGGGUCGCUCUCUCUCCUCACUCGAUCGUCCGAUCGAAAACGAAAAUAAUUACAUCAAACGUGCUCGGCGCACGAGAAAUACAUAUAAUAAUAUCAUUGCAAAGAGUACUUCUAUGCACAGUAUAUUAUUCGCGUGACAACCGUUUGUGCCGUGUCGCGAAAAUCCUCGAAAUCCUUCUGCGGGGACGCUGCAAACUUACGAUUUAAUAUAAAUACUGUAUAGGUACCAUGACGGACAUCAAGACGGUUUUCGUCACGGGCGGCGCAGGAUACAUCGGCAGCCAUUGCGUCCUGUCUCUACUGGAGGCCGGCUACGACGUGGUGGCCAUCGAUAACUUCACAAACAGCGUUGGCAAGGAGCAAACCGCUGCCAGCUUGGACCGGGUUCGCCGCAUCACUGGCAAGGAGAUAACCUUUUACAAGUGCGACCUGUUGGACGUCCAGCAGCUAGACGAAAUUUUCGACAAACAUAAAUUCGACUGUGUUAUACACUUUGCUGCAGUGAAAUCGGUCGGAGAAUCGAUGAAACAACCUCUCAAGUAUUACAAGAAUAACAUAAUAGGCGCAAUGAAUCUUCUUGAAGUGAUGGCCUCUCAUGGGUGUUACCAGCUAGUGUUCUCCAGCUCGUGUACUGUUUACGGGAACCCGUCAUCUUUGCCCAUAACCGAAAGUCACCCAACUGGCAAUAUCACCAAUGUAUACGGCCGUACGAAAUAUUUCAUCGAAGAGAUACUCAGAGACGUCGCUAACUCCGAGAAAAGAUGGAACAUCGUGAGCCUGAGGUACUUUAAUCCAAUAGGAGCUCAUUCGUCGGGAUUGAUCGGAGAAGACCCAACGACUAACUUUUCAAACUUAAUGCCAUACAUAGCGCAAGUGGCGUUAGGGAAGAAGUCCAGUUUGUCAAUCUACGGUGGAGAUUAUGCGACCCCUGAUGGAACCGGUAUAAGAGAUUAUGUUCAUGUGAUGGACUUGGCCGAAGGGCAUGUGGCAGCUUUAAAAAAAUUACAAUCAAAGCAUUUACAUUUACAGGUUUAUAACUUAGGAAGCGGACAAGGAACUUCUGUAUUGGAUUUUAUAAAAACCUUUGAAAAAGUAACAGGUAUCAAAGUACCAUAUACAAUUGAAGCACGCCGUGAAGGUGACAUAGCAUCAAUGUAUGCCAAUUGUGAUUUUGCAAAAUUUGAUCUUGGUUGGACAGCUAAAUAUACCUUAGAAGAUAUGUGCAGAGACUCUUGGAAAUGGCAAACCAUGAAUCCAAAUGGUUACAAGUCAAACGAUACAGCAAGUAUGAAUGGUAAAGCAGACGGACAUUAAAUUACCUUAAGUGUUUAGAUUUACAACAAUCGUCAGUGUAAUAUGAUUUUUUUUUUGUUUGCCCAUACUAAUAAACAUUGGUCAUUUUUAAA